UAAUUUUUUUUUAAAUCAUCUUAUGCUUCCUUUAUUAUAUGCCCCAUCAUAUAUGAAUUAUCCAUAACUCAAUCUUUAAUAGUUCUAUAUGCUUCCAAAUACCACUACAACGUAUGCAUUACAAAAUCCUAAUAAAGAAACUUGUGAUUAAGCGUGUUAAUUUCCAGAGCCUUGCUUAUUAGAAUCAUAACUUCAAAGUAACACUAUGAAAUUCGAAGAAUAAGCUGAAUAAGAAUUGACACUUCUACUCAAAUACUUAUCCAAGCAUAUUUCCUUAUUAAAAGACAGUAUUUUUGAUGAGUUUGUGUAAGAAAAUUUAAAAGUAUUUCAUUGUAAAUAUUUCUUAGACUUUGUCCUCUUUGUAGAAAGACCUUCCAAACAUGAUUAAAAAACGAUAUAUCUUAGUCAAUAAGACAAAAGAAGAAAUGACAAAAUUUAUCAUCAGAAGAUGCUUUCUAUUUAUAAAAUCUCAAAUAGACUAUGAAGAAAAGGAAGGAGUACCAGCUGAAGAGAGGGAUAGAAUUUUUUAUAACUCUUUCUUCUCAGAUGAUAAGGAAUUCAUGAAAUCUCUUCAUUUGGAAUCUAUUGAUGAUAUGAUCCCAUUUAGAAAAGAUUCUAAGAUGAAAACCAUGAAUGAUAACUAUUUAAAAAGAUUAUUUGAAUCACAAAGAUUCUCCAAAUAUUAUUCUUUAUUUCUGAGUAUUUAUUUUUAUAAUUAUAAAGGUCAAUUCAAAGAUAUUUGUUUAAAUGAAAACGAAGAAAAAAUAGAAAAUAUGACUAAAUAAUUGAUCAAAAUUAUUAUGACCAGAGAUUAUGGAGUAUUAUUUUAUAAAAAACUUUUAAAUAGAAAAUCAAAACUUAUAGGAGAUUCCCUUGGAAGAAUCAUGAAUUAAUUAAAUGUCAAGAAAGAGCCAAAGAAUUAUAUUGCAAAUAUUCUAACUCUCAUAAUCAAAGUAUUUGUUCAUUCAAAUUAAAUUAGAAAUGAAAAAAAAAUGUCUAUCAAAAUGUGAUUCGCAUACAUCUGAUAUUUUGGAAAAGUACUCUGAAUCUUUAAGUUGAUAUUGCUA